AUGGCACCUCGUGGAAGAAGACCACGCGUACCCCCCUCUGAGAACAAUACCGUACAAGAUGAUAAUUCAGAAGUACUCGCUGCUGCAGCGACACGUUUCUUUCAAAGGAUGGUCAAUGGUGAUAUGGUGGUAGGUAGAACCACACAAGUAGGAUGCACAUUAGAACAGUUCUCCCACCAGCACCCACCUACUUUCGAUGGUAGAUUGAAUUCCUUAGACGCGGAAAGCUGGAUUGAACGUAUGGAGCAAAUUUUCGAAGUGCUUUACUGCACGGAUGAUCAGAAGGUGAAAUAUGCCACUUACCAUUUGACUGACAUGGCAAACAAAUGGUGGAAGUCGACUCGGGCUUUGGUUCAGUUGGAAUUGGGGGAAGCAGUCCCCAUUACUUGGGAGCAUUUCAAGAAAAUCUUUUUGGACCACUUCUUUCCGCAAACCCUUCAGGAGUCGAGAGCUCGCCAGUUUAUGGAUCUUACUCAAGUAUCAAUGACGGUAGCACAAUAUGCUACGACAUUCAUGGAGCUUUCCCGUUUUGCCAGUUACUUAAUUCCAGAUGAGGAAAAGAAAGCUGAAAAGUUUGAGCGCGGUCUGAAUCGCAGGAUUAGGGAGCGUGUACGUACUCUCAGGAUUCGGAAUUCACGGAACUGGCUUCUUGGCCUUCCCAAGGCUCCACUUUUCAUAACCUCAUCAUCUUUCUUCUAG